GGACUCUGCGAUUGUGAGACAAAUAUGUGCCCCGAUGUGAGUGCUAAGAACUCCAACAGAUCCAAGAUCCAACAGUUUUACGAGAGUAAAGUAAUUUUCCUAACAGGCGGAACAGGAUUUCUGGGGAAAAUACUCAUUGAUAAACUGCUCCGUACCUGUCCUACUUUUGAAAGAAUCUACUUACUUAUGCGUGAAAAAAAUGGUUUGACAAUCAAAGAAAGGCUGACAAAACUGCUGGAUGAUGUGGUGUUUGCAAGGCUUAAGAAAGAGAAUCCGGAAUUUGCAAAGAGGCUCUCGGUGGUUCAUGGAGACCCUCACAUACCUAACCUAGGACUCAGCGCCAAUCAUGUAGCCUUGCUGUCCGAGACUGUGGACAUUGUGGUACACUCAGCGGCUACACUGAGGUUCGAUGAGAGACUCGGUGUUGCCAUCACGACAAACAUGGCCGGGUACCAAACAGCUCUGUUUGCUUGCCCAAGAGAUGUCUAG